AUUGCGAUUACUCAGAAAGCGCGCACAUUUUCCAAAAUGGCCGACGGACCCAACGAAUUUCAACUGGAACAACCACCUUCAGACGGAAUUUCGUCCGUCAAAUUCAGCCCUAACCCGGCUUCAUUUUUAGUGGUGUCAUCAUGGGAUACAACAGUCAGACUUUAUGAUGUCCACAACAACAACAUGCGUCUUAAAUAUAACCACCCAUAUGCUGUGCUAGAUUGUUGUUUUCAAGACGGUGUGCACACUUUUAGCGGAGGACUUGAUAAUACUCUGAAAGUUGUAGAUCUAAACACUUCAGCUGAACAAGUUUUAGGAAUGCAUGAUGAUGCAAUUAAAUGCGUGGAGCACUGUCCAACUCCUGGGUUAAUUGCAACUGGUAGCUGGGACAAGUAUGUCAAACUUUGGGACCCAAGAACAAAUCAGUGUACUGGAUCAUAUGAGCAACCUGAAAAGGUUUACACAAUGGCUUCAUCUGAUGAGCGUCUUGUUGUUGGCACAGCUGGAAGGCGUGUUAUGGUAUGGGAUCUCAGGAACAUGACAUAUGUACAACAAAGAAGGGAAUCUAGUCUGAAAUACCAAACAAGAUGUAUCCGCACUUUCCCAAAUAAGCAAGGGUACGUGUUGAGCUCUAUUGAGGGCAGAGUAGCUGUGGAAUACUUUGACCCAAGCCCAGAAGUUCAGAAAAAGAAAUAUGCCUUUAAGUGCCACCGAAUCAAAGAAGAAGGAAUGGAAAAUAUAUAUCCUGUUAAUGCUAUAUCUUUCCAUAAUGUACACAACACAUUUGCCACUGGUGGUUCAGAUGGUUUCGUAAAUAUUUGGGAUGGCUUCAAUAAAAAGCGACUUUGCCAGUUUCAUCGUUACCCAACCAGUAUUUCAUCAUUGAGCUUCAGUAAUGAUGGCAGCCUGCUGGCCAUAGCUGUGUCAUACAUGUAUGAAGAGGAUGAGAAGGAACAUCCAGAAGAUGCCAUUUACAUUAGGCGAGUUUCUGAUGCAGAAACAAAACCUAAGUAAAUCCAGUAAGAAAGGACUUUAGGGGAAAAUCAACAGACUUUUGAGAUCUA